AUGGCCAUUCGUAAACAGAAGAUCUUAGUGGUGAGGUUCGACUACCAGGAGCUGCUCCACAACUCCAGUUUCUGCUUGGUGCCCCGCGGCAGACGACUGGGAUCCUUUCGCUUCCUGGAGGCCCUGCAGGCGGCGUGUAUCCCGGUUAUCCUGAGUAACGGCUGGGAGCUUCCUUUCUCUGAAGUCAUCGACUGGAGGAAAGCCGCCAUCAUUGGAGAUGAGAGACUGCUGCUGCAGGUUCCCUCCAUUACCCGGUCUGUGGGCCAUGACAGGAUCCUGGCUCUCCGACAGCAGACUCAGUUCCUGUGGGACGCCUACUUUUCUUCUGUAGCCAAAAUCGUCUUAACUACUCUGGAGAUCAUCCAGGACCGCGUGGACUCUCUGGUGUCCAGAAAUCGUCUAUUGUGGAAUUCUCUACCUGGUGGUCUCUAUGCACUCCCCCAGUACUCAGCUGACCCCGCCCAGUUCCCUUUUUACUAUGCCAUACUGGGUAAGAGCCCCCCGCAGCAGUUCACAGCUGUGAUCCACACGGUGACUCCUCUGCAGUCUCAGAUCUCCCCCGUGGUGAAGCUCAUCAUCGCUGUAGCCAAGUCCAAGUUCUGUGCACAGACCAUGAGCAGUCGUUUCUUCCCCCACGACGUCAUCCUCACCGACGCUGUUCUCAGCCUGGAUGAAGACUCGGUUCUCUCGACAAAUGAGGUGGAUUUUGCCUUUCUCGUUUGGCAAAGCUUUCCAGAGCGUAUCGUUGGUUAUCCUGCGAGGAGCCACUACUGGGACGGCUCCAGAUCCCGCUGGGGCUACACCUCCAAGUGGACCAAUGACUACUCCAUGGUUCUCACAGGGGCAGCUUUCUACCACAGAUAUUAUCACUACCUGUACACACACUACAUCCCAUCCAGCCUGCUGACCACAGUGGAUCGCAUCUCCAAUUGUGAAGACAUCCUGAUGAACUUCCUGGUUUCAGCCGUCACCAAGCAGCCGCCAAUCAAAGUCACGCAGAAGAAGCAGUACAAGGAAACCAUGAUGAGCCAGGGAUCCAAGUCGUCUCGGUGGGCCGACCCUGACCACUUUGCCCAGCGACAGACCUGCAUGAACGCUUUCAGCCACUGGUUGGGUUUCAUGCCUCUGGUGCACUCCCAGAUGAGGCUGGACCCUGUGCUGUUCAGGGACCAGGUUUCCAUCCUGAGGAAGAAAUAUAGGGACAUCGAGAGGCUGUGAAUGCACAAGGAAACACACCGAAUCACCGGCGGAGAGUAUGAGUUUGUGUUUCCUUCCUCGGAAAGGCCGUGACAAGACUACACACGGGUGAAUGUGAACAUUUGUGAGGCUAUAAAGGAAAAGAAACACAUGCACCGGGAAUGAAAGUGAUAAAACACUGAUAACUUUUAACUGCAGAUUACUACAACAACAAAAGAAAAUCCUGUAUGUAACUGCAGAAUGACAGAACAGGGAGUGACGGUGAAUCGGACAAUACAAAUAAAUCAAAGCAUGGACAAAUGUGCAAAAAGAGCUGGACACAUUAACACAUUCUACAACAACAAACUGUGUGUUUGCAUGGUUUGAACUCUGCAAGGACCUGCACAAGAAUAAAAAAAUCACAGAUCUAUCUAUAUUGAUGAAGUUGAGGGUUGGAAAUAAAGAAGUAUACAGUAUACGUUUAAAGGCUGCAGAGAUUUAUGGAUUACAGGCUGUAUUUACGUGUCAAACGACGCACUCCUUGAGGUGAUGGAUGUACAAUUUAGACACAUUCUGGACAAACUUUAGAUUCUGGGUCAGUGCCACAUAAACGCUGCCACCACAAAAAGACCUGAAGACGAUGGCGACACGCCUCUUGUACACUACUGUAGAUUUUCAGCAGCAGUUCCUAUCUGUAUGAAGAAAAUGAAAAAAAUAAAUAAAGAGAUGUUAUGUUACGAGACAAGA